UUUACCACUGAGCCAUCUCUCCAGCCCCCUUUGGUUUUGUUCUUUUUUACCUCUCUCUCUCUCUCUCUCUCUCUCUCUCUCUCUCUCUCUCUCUCUCUCUCUCUCUCUCUCUGUAUUGCUUUUUUUUUUUUACUAAUUUGUUUUUUUUUCGUUUACUUGUUUUUGUAUUUUUUUUUUUUUUUUUGGUUCUUUUUUUCGGAGCUGGGGACGGAACCCAGGGCCUUGCGCUUCCUAGGUAAGCGCUCUACCACUGAGCUAAAUCCCCAGCCCUUGUUUUUGUAUUUUAAUGCAAAUCAGUCUACUUGCACCUGAUGAGAUCUAAAAUAUAUGUGAGCCUUUGUCUUUGAUAUUGAAUUUAAAUAUAUUCAUAUUGUUUGCAAAUAUUCCUAAAACACUGUUGUGAUCCGAUACUUCAUUGUAUUUGAAAUAUUGGGAAGUCUCUCUUCUUUUUCACUUUUUUUUUUUGAGACAAGUGUCUUAUGCAGCCCAGGCUGAGGUCUCCACAUAGCAAAGGGGUUUGAGGGAAACCAAAUCUUUCAGAAACUUUCCAAAAGCUGUAUCCAGUGCUGAGGGUACUCCAGUUAUAGCAGAUCUGGGCCUGCCUGUGUGGGGCUAUAGAAGCUGCACAAGCACAGCAAAGUCCCGUUCAGCCACAGUCAUCUGGCAUUCAUCAUGCACUUUGUCUCCAGGAACAUGGACGGUUCUGUGUGGGCACUGGUGGGGAAAGCACACUCACAGCACACUAGCAGAUAUUGUCAUCGCUGUGAGCUGUGUAACUGUAGUUAACUCUGGUUUUUGCAGCCUAACAGCAGCAGAGGAAUUGAGAAAUGAGAUUGGGUGCCAUUCAAUAAAAGUUUCAAGUCUCAGGGAACCAUGGAACAGUCUAAAGAGCCUAACAUUUAUGUUACUGUAACCCUGAACCAGGGAAGAGAACACCUAUUAUAUUAGUGGGCUAAAGACACUUAUUAAGAGACGGUUUUUGAUUAAGUAGAUUUUAAGAAAUGAACCAAAUAUAGGCUUUGUACAAGAAAUUCACCUUGUAUAUAUAACAGUAUACACAAAUUGAAAGUAAAAAGGUGGAAAAAGAUAUAUUAUGAUAAUAGCAAUUAAAAUAACUUAUAAAAGACUAUUAAUAUCAAUUAUUGAAGUGUUAGGUAAGACAAAGUAAAUAACCAGACACUGUAGUCAACAUGAGUAGAAGAUACCUUAUUCUCAGCAUGGAUUAUAUAUACUCUGGCCUUUAGCAUGGUAAUGGCCGGGAUCCCAGGAACAAAUUUAGCAUUCACACCUAGACUACUGAAGGAAUGACCAAAGGUAUAACCAGCAUCUAUAAACCAACCCAGUGUCAGUGAUGUGACCUUGUAAAGGACUGCCCAAAGGUAAGAAUAGCCUUUCAGCCUGACCCCUUAAGAACACCCUGAUGUGUGACCAGCAUUUGUGACUCAGCCCAGGAAAGACUGAUAGAACUAGUUAGUAUCUGUAAGCAGACCUCACAGAAGAUUGCCUAGGGAUUCCAGAGUAUUUGAGCCUAUAAAGGAAAGCCAAGAGAUUGGAGACUGGAACCAGCUUACUGGUGAAACUGCACACAAAGUUUAUAACUACAUCUCUAGUUCACAUUUAUUCCUUCUUUGUUUAAUGACUAUAUUAAUUUGGCAGGCCAACUAUAUCCCAGACUUUUAUUUUAUUUUUUCUUCUUUCUCUGUAUCUUUUUUCAUUUUAAAAACUAAAGCAAAGACCAUGGAGUAAUACUGCUUACUGACUUGCUCCUCUUGUCUUGCUCAGCUUGCUUUCUUAUAUAUUCUAGGACAGCCUGCCCAGAGAGUGCAUUACCCCCGCUAGGCCAUGCCCUUCCAUAUCAAUCACAGACAUGCCUACAGAUCAUCUGAUGGUAGCAUUUUCUCAACUCUCUUCAGAUGAGUAGCUUGUGUCAAGUUGGCAAAAUAAUCAAAGCAAUAUGUAUGGACACAGACAUCCUAUGGUGCUAGAGUAGAAGUGAGAGGAUAGUUUGUGGGAGUCAGUUCUCUCCUUUCAUUAUAUGGGUCCUGGGGAAUCAAACCUUUAAGCACUGACCCAUGUUGCCACUAAGGCCACCAUCACUACCCCUCCUGCUCUUCCUUUUCUCCUCUUCCUUUUAUGCUUUUUCCUUUUGAUAGGCUUUGCCAAAGAGCUAGUCCGAGCUGGUUUAUGGAAUCUCCAUAUCUCAGCCUCCUGAUAUAUGAGACUUUUAAGCUAUCUGAUAGCAUAUUUUUUUUUUUUUUUGGUUCUUUUUUUCGGAGCUGGGGACCGAACCCAGGGCCUUGCGCUUCCUAGGUAAGCGCUCUACCACUGAGCUAAAUCCCCAGCCCCUGAUAGCAUAUUUUUUAACUUUCCCUCCUUAUUUUAUUUUAUUAUAAAGUCUCAUGUAUCCUAUUUUAGCCUCAGAUUUGCUGUAUAGCUGAGGAGGACAUUGAACUCUUGAUCCUCCUGCCUCUACCUCCCAAGUGCACUAUCACCCUUGGCUUGUACAGAACUGGGGAUUGAACCCAGGGCCCUGAAUGCUGGGUGAGCAGUGUGCCAACUAGGGUGUGUCCCCAGCUACCACAUUCUUUCUGUUCUACCUGUCUUAUGCUCUCCUGUCCCUACUGUUUCCCACUCCUCUUUACUCUUACUUGGCUCUGCUUUGUUUCUGCAAACUCACUGCUAAUCACAGCCCCUACUUUCCUUUUUCCUCUGCUCGCAUCUGUAGUAAUAGAUUGUUGCAUACUGUACUGUUGAUUAAAUGUUUCUUUACUGCCUAAAAGGACUAUGUUUAGUGGUUUGUUUGUUUGUUUUUUUCUCAAUUGUUACCUUAUUUUCUUAGUGGGACUAUUCCUUAACAAUGAUUGAGUUCAAUAACAGUUCUCUGUUCUUGGAGAACAUUGGGAAUUGAGCUUGGCUUCCCCAACACUGUUGUUGUAAGACAUUACAUCUGAACUCUACUCUAUAACUUAGUCCUUCUUAAAUAUUGUAAACACUUUUAUGGGAGGGGUAUUUUAAGGAAAAAAAAAUCUAGCAGCCUAACCCCAUAUAUACAAAUCUCACUUAAAAACAAAACAGACAAACAAAAACCAUAAGAAACCUAAAAUCAGGGGUGGGGAUUUAGCUCAGUGGUAGAGCGCUUGCCUAGCAAGCGCAAGGCCCUGGGUUCACUCCCCAGCUCCGGAAAAAAGAAAAAAGAAGAAAAAAAAAAAAAAGAAACCUAAAAUCCAAAGGAGUAUGACUUCUCCAAGAACUGCUAAUCUUAUGUAAUUCCCUGAAAUGACACUAAAUUAGAUGAAAUCCCAUACAAAAACUUAGAAAGUGUGAUAAGUGUAUUCAAAGAGAAAAAAGAUAUUAAUAACCCCCUGAGUGGAUUCCAAGAAAACAGCUUUUUAAAAAGAGGGGACAAUACAGAAAAUGAGACUGGACCUCAGUAAAGGGAAACAAGUACUAAAAAACAGUAAAAAAGGCCAACCAAAAAUACUGGAAAUAAUAUUUACUAAGUUGAAUAAAAACAUUAUGGAAGCCUCAAGAAUAAAAUGGAGGAUCAGAGGGAUGACAGAAUAUAUUGGUUUGAGGGUAAGGUAGAACUGGAUGGAAUAUUCAGGCAUGACUGUAGAAGGAGACUUUCCUGCUGAAGAUUCAGGGAAACAUUUUACUUACAGGAAUAUGGGUGAGGAGUUACUUACAGGAGCAGAAGUGACUCAUAACCACAUCGCCAAACCAACCCACCAUGGUUAGAAAAACGAGCACAAAGCUAGAAACCUAGAGCACACUGCAAAGCCUGCAGUGUGCUCAAAUGGGUUGGAGAGUGUCCCUUCCAAAUGACUCAGUUGGUCUCAACCUCUCCUAGGCAGCUUGUCUCUGCUUCCUUCAGGCAGUUGGUUUGUUAUCAGUCUUUAGGGAAACAUCUUCAGUAAAAUCAUAGCAGGCAGUUUCACAAACCUAAGGAAAGAAAUGUGCAUAUAGGUAUAUAGACAUUGAUUGCUAGCACCAAACAGAUGCAAAAAAGAACUUCCUCCCUGUGUUAUGUUAUAGUUAAAAUACUACAUAUCCAGGACAGUAAAGUUCAUUAAAAGCUGGAAGAGAGAAAUACAGCAGAUUUCUUAACAGAAACUAUGGAAGGACUUGGAAUGAUAUAUUUCAAGACAGCAGCUGCCAGUUCAACCUACUAUAUUGCACAAAACUAUUUGUCAGCAUAGAAAGAGAAAAAAUUCACAAUAGAAGCAUUCUAUAGGAAUUAAGCUCUGUAGAAGAUAUUUGUAGAAUUCUUCAGACUGAAGAGAACAAUAAACACUGAAAAGAAUUAAUAAUAAUUAAAGAGGAUAGCAAGCAGUAUUAAACCAACAAAAUAGGAAUUAAUGAACAUCUUUCAAUAAUUGAAUAUUAAUGGUCUCAAUUGCCUAAUCAAAAAACCAUAUAAUAUGGUAAUGUUUCUUUUAAAGCAUUAUCUGCCUAUUUCCAUUUGUCAGAAAAGUCCAUCUUCUAAAAUGAUACAGGCCAGUGCCAUUGCCCCUAGUUACCUCCUAGAAUUUAGAGGUAAGCCCCUAUUGCUGGACACCAUGUACUUUGGAUAAAACUCUCAAAGGAUUGAACUGGAUCUGACUUCAUGAGGACUAGCUUUUACAGUGAUGGGAAGUGCUAUGCAAGCUGCCAAAGGAUAGAAGCAACCAUCUAGACCAUAAGGACAUGUAUUAAAAAUUGUUAUCCCAGUAAACUAGAAAACCCAAAAGUGGAUGGAUUUUACCGAAGCAUAUCACCUAGCAAAAUUAAAACAAAAUGAGACAAAGCAAUUCAAAUAGAUCCAUAAUGGUACAAAAUUGAAUAUAUAAUAAUAAUAAUAAUAAUAAUAAUAAUAAAUGUUCCAACUACAAAAUUCCGGGUCAUAGAAUUACUGAAUUCUAUGAUACCUUUAAACAGCAAACAUUUUUCAAACUAGCCAAUAAAACACAAGGAAGAAAUGCUACCAGACUCUUUUUACAAAGCCAGUAUUAUUCUGUUACCAAAACCAGAUAAAGAUACAACAACAAAAACAAAAUUAGGGAUUAUUCUCUGAUGAAUAUAAAUAUCUGAACUGAAUUCAAGAACAUUAAAAAGGUCAUCAGCCAAGGUGGGUGUGGUGAAGCACCCCUUUAAUCCCAUCACUUGGGAGGCAGAGGCCAGUCUAGUCUAUAGAGUGAGUUCUAGGACAACCAAGGCUACACAGAGUCUUGGGGUGGGAGUUGUACACGUGAUAAGACAUGAGUUUGCACCACAUAAAACAAUGGACUAGCCGCACAUGUAACCCUAGUGCUAUAAGGUGGGGUGGAGAUGGGGAUCAGUGGAGCUUAUAAAACUGGCUGUAUGACUCAUAUCUGUGUCAUGAAUCAUGUGACACAUGUCUUUGAAAUUGUAACUGGUAUACUAGAGUUUGAACCAGCCAUUGCAAAAUGAGUAAGCAGAAUCUUUAUACUCCUUAAACCCUUACAAUUUGGGAAGCUAAAGGCCUAACAUUCCAAAAGAUACACUUUCCUCGAGCCUUCUCCAACUAGCCUACCUAGUGAUAGAGAAUCAACACAGUCAACAGUGAUUUCCAAGGUGAUCUUGUCCCUCUGGUCAGGUGGCCAGCCCUGAGUCUGGUAUGCAUGGUGUUGGUGCUCCUCUUCUUCAGCCUCCUGCACUUUCCUCGCACCAUGUCUAUGUAGACGGGUUUUCCUCAGAGCAAACAGUGGUGUGAUGUACUGAAUUGCUUAUAGUAUUGUACAGGCAGAUUCCUUUCUACAAGGUGAAGUACAAAUGCCCUUUCAUAUGUAGAAUCUGUCUCCUGCUCUCUAUCAUUACGUCUGAGACUUAGGGCUGGAUAGACACCAUCUUCUGGCCUCCAUGAGCAUUUGCAUAACAUAUACUUAGGUAGACAGGAACAUACACAUAAAUACAUAUAAAUCAAUUCUGAAUUCAUUCUAAGAUAAACAAUGAUGAAGUUCAUUAAGGAUUGUUAUAUUUUAAAGUUAGAUUUAAUGUAGAUCCUCGUAGUGUUUUGUUUGUUUGUUUUUGUUUUUGUGUUUUGAGAUGGUCUCACUCUGUAGCAUGUGCUGGCAUAGAACUCAUUGUGACCGCAUCUGGCCUAGAUCCUCCUGUCGCAGACUCCCUAGUGCUGAUAUUACAGAUGGGAGCUACCAAACCCAAUGUCCAAAUCUUGAAUAAAGUUUUUUUUUUCUCACUCCACAGAAUUGUUUAGACUGUACCAUGCACACUGACCAUAAUGUAACUUUGAGUUGGGGAAGUGAGCCACACUAUUGCCCAGGCUGAUAAGGUGAGCAGGACAGAUUUGCCCUUUAUCAGCAAAGGGCACAGGUGGACUGUGAUGAGAGUGAGGGUGGGGUGGGCAUGACUAUGUCUUUGUAACCAGAGUUUUAGGACAGAAGCCCAACUCCAGCAGUCUCACAAAGGCAGCUUCAGCCCACCUGUCCCACCUUACCAAGUAAUGAAUAUUGAUGAAAAGCAGAGAAAGAUUUCAGUCAACAUUGGGAAGAGAAGCAAAAGGGGGCCCUGUAGGCCAAGUUCAUCUGUGUGUGUAGGGGGGAGGAUGUCAUGGGCUUUAGUUGAAAUAGAUUAAAAGUUAGAACACUGUAUAAUCAAGCUGUUCUGGUCAAGGAGUGGUCUGGUUAAUCACUGUGUCCAUUCUGGUUCUGCAUGGUGCUGAAGGUUAGGGAAUCUGUCUGAUUUGAGAUGGUUACUGCAGCUCCAGGGCAUGUAGCCACACCCAUCACAGAUAUAAUUGAUUAUUUUGGGAGAGUGGUCUGCUCUGUGUGGCCCUGCCAUUCCUAGGAUCCAAGGUAGUACAAGCUUUCUGAUGCUUGACUUAUCAUCUUUGUAUCUUCAGCCUUAAAGGGGAUGAGAUGGGUUGGGUAGAUAAUCAGUUCUUGACUGGCUAUCAUGGCUGUACAAGGUCAGGCUGGAGUCUGAGCAGAGGAGAUAGGCACAAAUGGAGGCAGAGACGCCUGGCUUCAUCCUGCUUUUUGUCUGGUGAGCUUAGGUAAGAAGUCAUUUCCUUUUAGCAAAAGCAGCUCCUAAGUGUCUAUUAUGUCUCUAACACAGACUCAACUUGCUAGCUGGCUCCAAGGUGCUAGGUAGGCACUUCCCUGGGUAGCUACUUUUUCUAAAAAAAACAGAAACAGAGUUUCAUAAAAGUGGUAUGUGUUAAGCCUGUAAUUAACUAAUAGGGAACCUUUGGGAAUUUCAUUUAUCUCUUCCCUCUAGCUCAGUUUAUUCUUUUCAUGUUUCAGAGCCUGUAAAUACAGGCUGACCUUACUUAAUCUCAGGCUUGAGAUAAAUACCUGUUGUCCUCAUGCACAGUUUUAGAAAAAAAAAUCAAAUAUUCAUUCAUUGCUUGAGUUUUUCUCAUUCGAGGCCUUUUUAAGAAUGGUGCCCAGACCAUCAGAGCUGCAGGGCAUUGCCUGUAAUAGAAUAUUGAGGUUUUUUUUUUAGGGGGGUGUUGGUGAUGCUUAGAAGGCUAUCAGCGUAGUUCUCAUGUUGGAAUGUAAUAUAGACUGGCCCCGUGAAGGGUAUAGUCUUUCUUAGACUCUGGAGAUGGACUCUUCAUUCAUCCACUAGAUGAGCAGUCUUGUUUGAGGAGUGUAAAGAGUGGUAUGUUGGUCAAGUCACAAAGGUGAGGCAGGAUAGAAGAUUUGAGGAUAUGGGAAAAGAAAAGGGGUUGGGGAUUUAGCUCAGUGGUAGAGCGCUUGCCUAGCAAGCACAAGGCCCUGGGUUUGGUCCCCAGCUCCGAAAAAAAAAAGAAAAGAAAAAAAAAGAAAGAAAGAAAAGAAAAGAAAUCUGAUUGGAGUCUCUUACCAGCUGAGAAUUAAGAAUUGUAGUAUAAUAAAGUUGGGAUAGGAUUUCAUGCCUUUAAUCCCAGGACUCUGAAAGCAGAAGCUGUCAACAAUAGUGAGUUCCAGGCUGCUAGAGCUACAUAGUAGACCCUCUUCCAGAGAAAAAACAUUCUAGUAUAAUUAAGAAUAUUUGCUGUUAGGGCUGGGGAUUUAGCUCAGUGGUAGAGCGCUUACCUAGGAAGCGCAAGGCCCUGGGUUCGGUCCCCAGCUCCGAAAAAAAGAACCAAAAAAAAAAAAAAAAAAAGAAUAUUUGCUGUUAAGAUUGCCAACAUAGGGAUACUAUUCCCUUUAAAAAGAUCUUUUUGUUAUUUAUUUUAUGUAUAUGGGCUUUUUGCCUGCAUGUAUAUCUGUACUAUGUGCAUGCCUGGUGUCCAAGGAGGCCAGAAGAGGAAUCUUCUGGGACUAGAAUACGAAAGGUUGUGAGCUACCAUGAGGAUACUAGGAAUUGAACAUGGGUCCUGUGAAAGAGCAGCCAGUGGUCUUAACUGCUUAGCCAUCUCUCCAGCCCAAGAUAAUAUUUCCUUUAAAUAGAGGUAUUUCAUGCUAAAAUAGCAAUGAAACAUGUUUAAGGUCUAAGAUUAUAUGAUUUUCAAGUAUAACCUUACUCUUUAUACACACAGACAAUAUAGAAAAAAAUAUUGAAAAAAAUAUUAACUUCCCCUGUAACCCUUAUGACGUAGGUUUUACCUUAUUAGCUAUAAUCCUAUGUGGCUCAGGAACCACCUUUUGAUUUCACUUAGGUUCCUUAGCAGAGAUUUAAGGUGUAAGGUCAGAAUCCACCAAAAGCAGUAUGUAUGCUACUAUAAAGCACUCGAGAUACUGUUCUCUUGGGUAGCUUCCUUUCUUUCUGUGUGAGUUGCUUUGGUCAUGGUGUUUUAUCACAGCAAAAGUAAGCAGGACACGUUUUAUAUUAGUCACAGAACUGAGAUCCUGGGAGAUUGAGGCUUAGGCUGCAAGGCUUCUAUUUUCCUUUUUAAAGCUGAAUACUAUACAGGGAGGUAUAUAAGUGCUUCUGUUGUCUCUGGCACUCUACUGUCUGCUGUCUCUUGUCCUGGUUGUAAACAACAGAAAACAACUUCCGUAACAUAAGCUAAGAAAGGGACUUAGUAAAAAGCUGUAGGUGAGGACAGAAGAAAGACAGGGAUCUUAGUGGCCUCUUCAGGUUGUUUCUUCUUGAGUCAGCUCCAGCUGUGCUUCCUGCUUCUUACUUGACCUAAGAUUCCCAUAUUGGGAGCAGAGAGGUCUGUCUAACCUUAUUUGGACAUGUAUGUGCUCAUCCUUGGUCUCUGAAGUCAGGGCUUUCCUCCUCCUAUUUAUUAAACUUUCUCCCAUUUGUUUGUUUUCCAGUGUUAGAGAUUGAACCUGGGGGCCCUGUGACUUGCAGGGAAGUAAUCUACCUCUGGUCUGUAUUCCAGCUCUCAGGGUUUCCAUAUUCACUCUUUCCUAGGGAGAAACAGGGAAAUGGAUUACAAAAAAUAAUUGACCACUACAAGGAUCUCACCUAAUUUGUGACUGAUCCUUUAACAAGGAAGCUGGGGUCUUAGAGUAUCAUUUGGUGGUAAGAUGUGUGCUUAGCUUACACAAGGCCUUAGUUAGGUUCAAUACCAAGCAUCUCACACACACACCAUUAGUUGAAGAAGCUAUGACUCACUAGGGUAUACCCCAUCUAUUAUCUUAUAGGAGUUUUUACAAGUUACUAUUGUUGUGUAUGUGCAUAUGUGCAUGAUAUGUUUUUGGAUGUGCAUAGCAUGGUUCAUGCUCAGAGGUCAGAGGACAGCUUUGCAGAGCUGGUUCUCUUUUUUUCCACUUUUAGUUAGAUUCUGGGGAUCAAACUCAGGUUGCCAGGUUUGUGCAGCAAGUAUCUUUACCCACUAUGCCCUCUCACUCAUCCUUAGAGUUUUAAGAGUGUUAAAGAAAAUAACAAAGAAGACAGGCAUUGUGGUGCUUUUCUGUAAUCCUAUCCCUGAAGAAACUGAAGCAGGAGGAUCAUGCGUUAAAGGCUAACCUGGGUUCUUUAGAGAGUUCAAAGGUAUUUUGGAUUGCAUGAAGAAGCCGUGUCUUGGGAGUGGAACACAGACAGAGUGGUGGAAAGAUGGAAGGAAAGAAUUUUUCAGUCAAGUAGAGCUACAGUAGGACUUCAGGGGUGUUGUCCAUGUGAGGCUGAAAAAGUAUAGUCUGAAAGAAACAGAAUAGUCAGGCUAUUUAAGUUUAUGUGAUAAAAAUUAGAAGAGACAUCAGUUGCUAGGUGAGGUGGUAUAUAACUGCAAUCCAGGAAUCUGGGAGAAUAAGUAAGGAGGAGUAUAAACUGGAAACCAGUCUGAAGCUACACAGCGAGUUCACUACUGAAAGAAGGGAAGAGAAAGGGACAGACUGACAGACGCAGGGCAGGUCCUCAUACUACAGGAUGCUCCAAACCACCUUACUAUGGGAGGUAUCACAUUAAUGCAGUGCUGAUCAAAUUUACUCCAAUGUAAUUUGACUGUAAAUACCAAAAAACCAUUUCUUCGUGCUUAUGAGGCAUAGAGCUAGGUUGAGAUAGAAGGAGGAUUCUUCAUAUGAGACCCCUGUGUCAUGGUCAUAGCAAACAUAGAUCUAGACAGAGCUCGGCAUCAGAAAUCACUGCUGGGGUCUGUAAUCUGUUAUGGAGAGACGCAUGAAGAAUUAGGAUUUACAUGCAUGAGCCCAUCCUUAUGAGAAAAUAUGCUCGUCCUAGAACAGUUUGUAAGGAUCAUUUUCUUAUCAGCCCCAUUCAGGGCAGGCACAUGCUUCUGGGUGACAGAAUUAUACUCUUCUAGGACUAUUCUGCUGUUUUAACUUUUGAUUCUCUUCUCCCACCCCGCUCCUAACCCCCACUUGUUUUUGUUUGUUUGUUUGUUUGUUUGUUUUGUUUUUUGUUUUUUUGUUUUUCUGAGACAGGGUUUCUCUGUGUGGCCCUGGCUGUCCUGGAACAGGCUCUAUAAACUGGCUUCAAACUCAAUCCUCCUGCCUCCACAUCCCCGAAUGCCGGGAUUAAAGGUAAAUACCACUCCACCCCCACUCCCAGCUUGGUGCUCUUAAAUAAUGGUUGCUGUUUGGCUCCUGCAAACAGCAUUGGCCACUGCUGUGUAAAGUUACAGAGUCAGCUGAGGACUGGCUCACACUUGGCAGGAUCUAGAGGAGUAAUGAUAAUGGAGCCCUUGUAGAAGCACUAUCUGGGCUAAAAUCUCUCUGAGGCAAGGCUCAGGAUCAUGGAAUCUUAAGUAUUGGUUUUAGAAAGUGACCCUGUUCUCUUAGAAAUGAUGAAGAAACAGUUUGGGGGCUAUUCUUGCUGUUUUGGAAGAAAUCUUUACUGUGUAAACUAUCCUGAUACAUUUCAUAAACUGCUAAGGAACCUGCGAUGUCAGGUGCAGAGUAGCUACUGUGGAUGCAAGCCAGCUUUCCCAGAGUCUCUAGGGACCUGCUCUUGUGUGUAUCACAAGAAGUGUAUCAGGAUCCACACCAACUACUGCUGUGGAUCCUGAUACACUUCAUCAUAUGAGAAAAAGCCAUGGGACAGUUGAGUCUCAAUCUGAAUGUAUACAAUUUGUUAGAAUUACAGCAAUCUCUGGACUAUAGGCAAACCUAAGAUUGCUCAGCCAGCCUCCAGUUAGCGAAUCUUGAACACUGGAGAACAUUUGGAAAUCUUUCAUUAGAUUUUUCUCUUGUAACCAUGUUAUUUAAUCUCCACAGCUUUUGUAGAAAAACCAAUCUAGUUUCCUCUUCCUUUUUUUUCACAAGGACUAGUUGAAACCAGAAAACCCUUAUUUUCUCACAAAAUGGCCAGUGGCUGGUAAGUUGAAAGGAAGACCUUAUCCUGACAUUUCAAAUCUCAUGUGUUUCUGUGGCAUUAAACUGCGUCUGAGAAAUCUGUUUAGUAAUGAGGAGGAAAAUAUUUAAGCUGGUUAUUCUAGUCAGGCAUAGUAGUUCACCUCUUUCAUCCCAGCACUAGGGAGGCAGAGACAAAUAAAUCUAUGUGAGUUAGAGGCCAGCCUGGUUUACAGAGUGAGUUCCAGAGCUACAUAUUGAGGCCCUGUUUUGAAAAUAAACCUGGUUAUUCCUGAAACCAAGGAAACUGUCAGACAUUUUACCUAGUUCUACCUGUUAAGCUCCUGAGGUGCAGAAGGUUGGAGAGGAUAGGGGCUGGUGGCUCUCUUGCUUAGUACUAUUCAAGGACAGCCUUUCUCUUGUGUGUCUUUAUGCUAUUUGUAGAGACUCUCUUGCCAUUAGAGAAAAAGCACAGUGUUUUCACCUUCUGUUAUUUUGUUAUGUGUUCUUCUGUACCCUGAUUUAUGAGCCAGGAUCUCUCAUUAGUCUAUAGCUUGCUGAGUAGCCUAGACUGUCUGGACAGUGAACCUCAGGGCUCUGCCUCCUGCAAGUAUGUGCCACCACAUUGGGUCUUUUUUUUUUUAUGUGGGUUCUGGGUAUCAGACUUAGGUUCUCAUGUUUAUUUUACUGACUGAACCAUUUUCCUGUGUCUUCAUUACUUAUCUGUUUCUGUGAAGAGAUGAUACUGUGACCAAGGCAACUUAAUUAAAAAGCAUUUAAUGGGGGCUUGUUUAUAUUGCAGAGGUUGAGUCCAUUAAGGGGAGUGGCGGUAGGCAGGCAGGCAUGCUGCUGGAGCAUUAGCUAAGAGCUUAUAUCUGAUCCACAAGCAGUAGGCGGAGAGAGAGAGAGAGAGAGAGAGAGAGAGAGAGAGAGAGAGAGAGAGAGAGAGACAGACAGACAGACAGACUAGGACUGACAUGGGCUUUGACACCUCCAAGCCUACCCCUACUACUAUACCUUCUCUAACAAGGCCACACCUUCUAGUCCUUCCUAAGCAGUCUACCAACUAGGAGCCAAAAAGUCAAACAUGUGAGCCUAUGAGGGCCAUUCACAUUCAAACUACCACACAAGAGCUGUAGAAGUUUCUUUUGAUUUGUUGCCUUGUCUGAAUUUACUUUAAUUGUCCAAAAUAGGCAAUUCCAUGAAGAGUUAAAAAAGUAAUCUUUUUGCAUUAUCUCGUAGUCAAUGUUUUAAUAACUUCCCCAAAUUAUUGUUUUUAUUUUAUAUUACAGAAUUAGUUUUGAAUUAUGUUAGGAACUUUCAUGAUUAUGAAAAGAACAUAGUAAGAAUUAACUUUUUUAAACAGGGUGGUAGUGACGGACGCAUGCCUUUAAUCCCAGCACUCAGGAGGCAGAGGCAAUCUGAUCUCUGUGAGUUCAAAGACAGUGACAUUUACAGAGUGAGUUACAAGGCAACCAGAGUUACACAGAAAAACUCUGUCUCAAACAACAUCAUCAAACCCACAACAUCAUCAAACCCACACACACACAAGAAAAAAAAAGAAUUAACUUUUAUGUAACAUCCUUUAAUUCAAAGAUUCUUUUCUUCAUGUUUUAAAACAUGCUUUUAUGGGCUGGAGAGGUGGCUCAGCGGUUAAGAGCACUGACUGCUCUUCCAGAGGUCAUGAGUUCAAUUCCCAGCAACCACAUGGUGGCUCACAGCCAUCUGUAAUGAGAUCUGGUGCCCUCUUCUGGCCUGCAGUCACAUAUGCAGGCAGAAUGCUGUACAUUAAAUAAAUAAAUAAAUCUUAAAAAACAAAACAAAACAUGCUUUUACCUUCUAUCAACUGAUACUUGUAUAAGAUUAGACAUAUUCCUUGAUUAUUAUAGAAUAUGGAGUCUUUUUUUAAUUGAAAAUUAUUUUUUGUACACUAUAUUCUGAUCAGAAUUUCCCCUCCCCUAACGCUUCCCAGACCUUCCCCACCUCUUCACCUGCCCAACUCCACACCUUUCUCUUUCUUUGGGAGACAAAUGAAAAUAAAUAAAGGAAAAAUCACAAGAAACACAUAAAAAUAAAUAAACAAAACUCAUAAAAACACAAAAUCAGAAACCAUAAUCUUCAAGUAAAAGACCAGUAAAAAAAAAAAAAAGCUUAAACAAAGCAAUAUGAGACAGAAAGUCUACAAAAAUAUUAUUGAAUUCAUUUUGUGUUGGCCAUUUAUCUACUGCUAGGCAUAGGUGUGGUUAAUGUACCCAUCGUGGAGUCUCUCCUCAGUAUGCAUUUGUAGGAAGUUUGUGGGUAUCUGCCUUUGUAUGGGAGUAUGUGCCCUUUAUAAUACUUUCAUUGAGUGGAUCAAUACUUAAACAUAUAUGCAUAUAGUUUUAAAGUGGUUUGAUUGAUGGUCAUAAACCUGAGAGUGAUAUUCUAUAAAUAUUUAUUCCAGGGACUUGGUCACCUUUUCAUCAGCAUGGAAAACUGGUCAGAUACCUUCUCAUUCUUCAUUUACUGAACUGAGGACCAGUUAGUGGUGAAGGACCCCUUGGUACCUUCCUGUGAAGUUAAUUUUAUAUUUUCAUGGUCAGACAGCAGAUAGGUGUCCCAUAUGUAUUUGCUUAAUAAACACUGAGGUUGUUAUCCUUUCUCUCCUGGACUGUUGGAUCAGCUCUCUCCUAUUUCUCUUAUACAACAGCUGGAGUAUCUUGUUAUAACUCUUUUUUUUUUUUUUUUUUUUUGGUUCUUUUUUUCCGGAGCUGGAGACCGAACCCAGGGCCUUGCGCUUCCUAGGCAAGCGCUCUACCACUGAGCUAAAUCCCCAACCCCUUGUUACAACUCUUAUGUCAUAACCCUUCAUUCUUGUUCUUCUUGAGACAUAGCCAUAGUCUUUACAGUAAUUGACCAUGCUCUGCUAAAAAUAAAUGAUUUAUAGAAUUUGAAUCAUAUAGACUGAUAAGUACAGAAUUUUCAAGAUAGAUUGGGGGCUGGAGAGAUGGCUCAGCGGUUAAGAGCACUAUCUGCUCUUCCAGAGGUCCUGAGUUCAAUUCCCAGCAACCACAUGGCUCACAACCAUCUGUAAUGGAAUCUGAUGCCCUCUUCUGGCACGCAGGCAUACACACAAGCAGAAAGCUGUAUACAUAAUAAAUAAAUAAAUAUUUUUAAAAAAGAAAAAGAUAGAUUGGAAAUCUUGAGACCUAGGGAGAAACUAUGUUAUAAUUCAGACCUACUGAUUCUGUGACUUAUGCUCACAUCAUGCUAUACCUCUUCGCAGACAGCGCUGUUAGCCCAGUAUGUGAUUAAGCACACAGUCACAGAAACCACAUGCUUUACCUUCAGAAGUUUUGAAACAAGAGUGUAAUGUUGGCAUAUUAGGUCAGGGGCUGGAUUUGGAUUUGAAGCUGGAUUUGCCAAAAAGAUAAGAAAUGAUAACACGAUUUAAAAAACAUAAGGCUGUGGUGACAGUGCAGCUUAUUCCUUAUUCCUUAAAUGGGGGAGGGGUGUGGAAUAUGGGGAGGAAAAGGACACAAGUUACUUAAAUCAUCCUGGAAAACCAUUACAAAUCCUUAUUCCAGGGACCCCAGUUCUUUAAGAGAGGCUCAUAAUUUAAGGAAGACUAAGCACUAGGCAAGAUCUCUGAGUAGAAACCAGAGUUGUUCUGUCUGUGUUACCUCUAGAAUGCUUGACUCUCCAUGAGUUCUAUUAAAAAGCCCAACUUCCUUGUUUCUACAGCUGUGCCACCAACAAACAAAGGCCUAGUUUCUUCCUAUCUCACUAACAGGUUUUACCUUUUUGUGUGUUGUUUGUUUGUUUAUUUGUUUUGGUAAUAGUUGUCAUAAUCAGUAUUUUGGUUUGGAUAAGAAAUAUUCCCCAGAAGCCUUUUGUUGGAAGACUGGUUUAUAUUACAGUAUUUCCAGCUGGUGCCUUGGGGAAAUAAUGAGAUUUGUGGGGUGCUAGCUUAAUUUGCUUCUCUCUGGUUAUAAAACACUGACCAAAACUAGCUUAGGGGAGGAAAGGAUCUAUUUGACUUAUGAGUUAUAUGGUGCAUUAACACCACCCCAACUCCCACUCCCAACUCCACCAAGGCAGGGACUGAAGCAGAACCCACAGAGGAAUGCUGCUUCCUGGAUUGUUCUCUGUGGCUUGAUAGACGCUUACUUUCAGCCUUUGGCUUUCACUAAUCAUUAAAAUGUGCUGAAUAAAACUUCAGGAUUUGUGUUUGGAUUUGGGGGCUGGGGAGCAGUUAAUCUUUUAAAAUUGUUGCCUUGAUUGAACAAGAGCUACUAAGUGUCAGAUUUUAUUCAUACCUUCAAGGUAGUGGUGGAGUAGCACAUUUUUUAAUGUAAUAUUUUUGUUAUUAUUUUGAGAAUUUCAUACAAUGUACUUUGGUCAUAUUCAUUCCUUUACUAUUCCUCCCAGACCUAUUCCCCAUCUCUGCACCACCACUUUCUCCCCUUUUCUUUAGUUUUGUGUGUGUGUGUGUGUGUGUGUGUGUGUGUGUGUGUGUGUGUGACCUACGUACAUACAUAUAUAAUAAUCUGCUGGCUGCAUUUAGUGUUGCUCAUGUAUGGUUUUUGGAUUGACUGCUUGGAUAGCCACCUAGGGAUGGGGCCUUGUGAGAUUUUCCUCAUCCAUGUUAGCAUGCCAGUUGGUAUCAUCACUCAGGUCUUGUUUAAGCUAUCAUAUUGACAUUUCAUGGGUACACUUUCCCUUCCCAGAAGAUAGUCUUGCUUGUUUUAGUUUAAGGAAUAGAAAAACAAGCUGGAAAAAAUGACCCAGCCAGCGAUGUAGAGCACUUGGUGCUCUUGCAGUUCUUAGGACCCACAUGAUGGCUUACAACUGUUGUAACAAAAUUUAAUCCCAACUCUGGGUUUCAACCCUGCCUUUGAUCAUUCACUUCCCGGAUAAAAGACACACAACUUUUAUUAUUUAUAGUAAGCCAUAAUCAGCACUAGAGUUAGGUAGAUAUCUAUCUUCUAUGCUAUUAUGUCUAUUUCCCAGCCAAUAAUCUCAUUAUAUAAUUUGCUAUGUUUUGUCUGGACUGCUCUUGCCUCCAAUCCACGUAGCCAUGUUUUCAUGACUCACCUAACCCAUGAUGGUUUCCUCCUCUUUCACCUUCUCCUCUCCUGUUAUGGUUCUCCUCUGACCCCAAGCACCCUACAGCCCCUUGCCCCCAUGUUUCUUCUGUUCAGCUAUUGGCUGUCAGCAUCUUCACCAAUCAGGGAUAAUUUGGGGGCAAGGUCACAUUGCCUCACUUGGGUCUACUUGUGGACUCUCUCUUUGGGGCAACCAGGUCUUCAGGUUCUGCAAUCGCAACAGAUGACCAGCUGUAAUUCUAGUUCCAGGGGUUCCGACACCCACUUCUUAUCUUCAUGGGCACCAGGCACUCAUCUGGUACACAUUGUACAGGCAAAACACUCAUACACAAAAAAUAAAGAAAUCUUUAAAAAAAGAAAUAGAGAAACAGCAAUGUAGAGAUAACCUUUUUUCUUCCUUUUUUUUUUUUCUCAUUGUUGUUGCUGCUGUUGUUGGGAGGGUUGCUUUGGCUUUUGAGAUGGGGUCUCAGGUAACCCUGGAAGUCUUAGAACUAGCUAUGUAAACCAAGCUGGCCUUACAGAGAGAGUUGCCUGCCACUGCUUCAGAGUGCUGGGGUUAAAGGCAUACACUACUAGGCCAGCGAUUCCUUUUGCAAUGUGCAUUUCAUUUUAAAUUUGAGGUUAGUGUUUUGAUUUAGUAUCUCUAAUCACAUUUUGUUGUACAGUCAUGAGAUUUUAUAGGUAAUUUUAUGUCAAACUGUUGUGAUUUCCAGUGUCUGUUUUAGUUGGACAGAUAAUACUGACUCAGGUGACUCAAAAUUUUGUAACACACCUUAUAUUUGAACUUUCAUUUUUAAGGUUUUAUUUUAACAUUUUUUUCUCUUUUUUCUUUUUUUCAGAACUGGGGACCAAACCCAGGGCCUUGCGCUAGGCAAGCGCUCUACCACUGAGCUAAAUCCCCAACCCCUGUUUUAACAUUUUAUAGCACUAAGAUUGAGAGAAAAUGAUUAUUACCCCUUUUUAUGGAUGCUAAUGCUGAAUAUCAAGAAUUUUGACUAAACCAACAAGUAGUGGUCUAUACCCAAGGCUAAUUUUCCUGUUAGCACACUGUUCGUGACUGGAAGAUACGCAGUGCACAUGAACUGCCUACUAGUUAGUCUGCAGUUGUGGUUCUUAGUUUUUCACUUAUUAAAUCUAUUUUGAAGUCUUUUCAUCAGUGCAUAUAAUUUACAAUGUAAAAGGGCACAAAGUUUAAAGUACACAAGUUGGUGAUUAAUUUUUUAUGAAUUGGGACACAUAGAACUAUGACUUUGAUGUUAAAAUAUAGCCAGUAUCAUAUGCUUAGAGCCUUUUGAUUCCAAUUUUAUUUGUUUUAUUAUUUUUAAUGUAUGUGUGUCUGUAGGGAAUAUCUUAUUCCUUGAGACAGGGUCUUUCUUGGGACCUGCAGUUUGCUCGUUUCUCUAGACUGACUAACCAGCAAGCCCUGGGGAACUACCUGUACCUCCCCACUGCUGGGUUAUAAGCAUAAGCUAUCAUGCUGGCCUUUUUCUGUGGAUGUCAGUGAUCAAACUCAGGUCCACAUGCUUGGACAGCUAGCAUUUUCCUAAGUUGUCUCCCCAGCUCCUUAUUUAUAUAAAUGUGAGACAGCACAGCCUUGAACAUGCUAUUUAUAACAUGCUGUCUUUGAACUUGAUCCUUGCUGCUUCUGAAUGCUGGAAUUAAGUGUGUGGUACAUACCAGGAUAUUUAUUUUUAAAAUUUUGUUAACUUCUGUGAGUACUAAUUGAGUGAAGUGGGUUUCUAAUCUUGUUUGUCCUUUAAGAAGUAUUCAUGGAGAACCUAUUCUCUGUUAGGCAUGAGUGUAGGUGUUGGUAUCACAUAUAACAUUUACCUCUUACACUUGGGGCUAGACUACUGAGGAAUCAGACAGAUUCCUAAGGGAACAUGAGUGUCCAGCCUGACUGAGAGGCUCUGGGAAAAUACACAGGAAGUAACAUCUAGACUGAGUCCUGAAUGUGAGUAGGAAUUAUUCAGACAGGGCAUUUAGGGAGGAAGAGUUGAAGGCAGGAGGCCAAGAGGAAAGAGAAAGCAGGAUGUGGAGAUCAGCACAGCUGCUUUGGUGCUGCCCUGGAGCCUGGGAAACUGGGAGGGGGAGCCUGGGAGUACAGGAGCAGGGCAGAGGACAGUUUUUAUUGCUGUUUAAGUUUCCUUGUUACAGAUAACAGGAAUCGAUUGCAAACAACACUAAAGAAGAAUUUUUGAGAAAAUAGUGGGAUGGCUCCCAGAAUUAAAGAGCCGAAUACCAAGUCUUUGAAGAAAGCAAAUAACUAAGGCAACUCCUGGUUUUCCUGAAGUUCUUGUGGAAUUUCUACAGGGCCUUAGUUAGUUUGCUCUGACUGCAGAGUUGUUCACCACUUAGAUAUCCAGAGUUUGAGAAAUAGUCUGAAUACAUUAAAUUAGAUCCACUGACCAAACCUAGAGCACUCAUGUAACCAGAGGAUGGCAGCAGACUCUGUAUCUGUUUUGUCUGAGUGGCUGUUGUGUGAUCAGGACAGCAAGCUUUGUUACCUGAAACAGAAUAAAUAGAGUUGAGGGCCAGCUUAAGUAUGGAGGCUUAGGAAGCCAUAAAGUAGAUGGGGUAAUGGAGCUUCAGAAGCCAGGAAGCCUGUUAAAUUAAUCCAAGCAAGAGCUGGUGUGCCAGCAGUAAUGCCUUCUGCAGGGAGGGAAGGAAGCACAUAGAUUCUGAGAUACUUAAAAGGAAUAAAGAAGACUUGGACUUUGGAGGUUGGUUAGAAACAUUAAGGUUCAGAGCUGAGUCCCGUGUUUCUAGCUUGAGCUAGAACUGUUAAUUAAAUGGUGCUGUCUCCCAUAAAGAACCAAUUUUUUUUUCUUUUUUCUUUUUUUUCGGAGCUGGGGACCGAACCCAGGGCCAAGAACCAAUUUUAAGAGAGAACUUUCAGGUUCAAAGUAUUGAGUUUGAGUACAUUUAACUUAAAAACAUUUGGAUUAGAGUUGUUGCUGGAAGUGAGACUGCUUUCAGAGCCAUUACUAAUACGGGUCUUGUCAGGUCCCAAAGAAACUCAGGACAAAUGUCUAAAGUGUCUAUUAGCCUAACAAAGUGCACUGUCUGUUGAGCUCAUUCUUACCUGUGGCUCCUCUGUGCUUUUCCACGCUGCCACCACCUACCCUAAAUCUCUCUAGCUCAGAGGCUUCACCUCUGUUUCCCUCAGCUUUAGAUUCUUUUAAAACCUGACAUUUCAGCCACGUGCUUUCUUGGAUCUCUCGGUCCCAUCUCCUCUUCCCUUAUUGUUCUUCCCCAAUCUCUCACCACUGGUGGCCCUGUCUAUUCUGCUGGCCAUGUUUAAUCUGCCCCUUUCUGUGUCUGCUUUGUAUUUUUCAAGAUGUGCUAUGAUUUAGCGUCUAAGUACAGAAGGGAGGAGUAGUUAGGGCCAGGACAUGCUGCAAAGAUCACAUCACAGAACAAAGAAUUGGGGUGGGGAGUGAAAGGCCAUCUGGCAGAGGCAGGGUGGAGACAGACAGACAGGCAGGCAGACAGACAGAGCCACUGAGAGAACAUGAGAGAGAAAAACUCAAGAAGAAUCAGAGCAAGUCUCUGCCCUUAAAGGAACUUCAUGGGAGAACAAAGAACUUCUAAGUGUGGAAAUUUCCACCCAUGAUCGCAGGAAAGCCCCUGAGACCUCGUUUCUCCUUUGGGAAGAGAAUUCUUUUCUGUGAAGCAACCCGCCUCCUCACCUGUUUCCUGAGCUUAGACUUAAAUAAAGCUCAUCUCCUCUAUCAGUUAUGUCUUCUGCUUUAGAACAGAACAAAUUAGGAAGUAGGACCUUCAGCACAGAUUGGGGAUGUCCUUGAUUAAAUUGUAGUUUGAAUGUUUUGGCUAUGACUUUAGUGAGUGCUUUUAUCUUGUUAAAUGAGUUAAUUCAGAUCCUGCUAAGUGGUUUCUUCUGAUAUUUUGGUCAAUGCUUUUGCCUUUAAGUAGCUUAAUAGACUUAAAAAUCCUCUGGUCUCAGUAGUAGUGAUAGAAAUAUGUUUGGGUCACAAAGAAAGAGACUAUCACUCUGACUGGUAAGGCAGACCUUACUCUUGAUCAAGUGUGCUGGGAACACACCAAGAUAGUAAGCAAAGGUUUUAUUAGAUGGAGAGGAUUAAAACAGUUGCAUAAAAUUCUUACAAAAUGGGAGAGAUAAAAAUAUUUUAGUUCUUUGUUUUAAACACAAGUUUUAUAGUACUCAAUUUUUUAAAAAAAAGAUUCAUAUUUGAUAUUUCUUAGAGUGGGUCCAGAACUGUUUCUUAAGGAAAAGGCAGAAACUUUAGGGAGCACUAUUUGGACAUCAUAACCAUUAAGUAGGCUAAAGCCAGAGGUACUGAAUGUCAUGCCUAGGGCUUUUGGAAUGGUUAAAAACAAAAAGACAGGAGAGAAAAGGAAAGGGGAAUAAAAGGAAGCCAAAUAUCUGAGCAAAUUAUCUGAGUAUAGACCCUAACUGUAUCAUGAAGUACCACUGUAAGACCCCGACCUGACCCUUGGUCAGUGGUACUUACUUUGGGACACCUCUGAGUGAGAUGCUAAGACGCAGAUGGAUGCAAAAGCAAGAGGUUUAUUUUCCGGGCACAGGGUCAACAUUAGUCUCUGAAGGCAAGUGACUAGAAGGUGAUCCUGAAUAGCUGUUACAAGUGGUUUUUAUACUUCUUAGGGGCACAGGUUACAUCAGCAAGGUUACAGUUCAGACUUAUUGGUUAAGCAUAUUAACCUUUAAAUCUAUUGACUAACAAGCAUCAAGUCAGUACAUUCUAGAAUUUUUUACUCAAAAAUGUUCUUGUGGCUGGAGAGUAGAACCUGGCCCAGUCUUGCCCCAAGGCAGGUGGGUGUAAGGUUGACGAAAGCCCCUAGGGUCCUUCAGUUUAUAGUUUCAGGAAAACUCACCCAAAAUGCCAUGAAAUUAUAAAUUGACUUAAUGAGCUCUGUUUGGAACUUUAUGUCUUUACCUUUUAAUUUGUGUGUGUGUGUGUGUGUGUGUGUGUGUGUGUGUGUGUGUGUGUGUUGGCACAUGUGUGCCACAGCAUGGAAUGGGGUCAGAGACAGUAGUUUUGGGAAACUGAUUCCCUCCUUUUAUGUGUUUUUGAGGAUCAAGCUCAGGUUGUCAUGUUUGUAGGGCAAGUGCUUUUACCCAGUGAGCCAUCUCCCCAGUACUGCUCUCCUUGUAUUUAUGGAUGGUGCCUCUUCCUUUAUUAUUUUUGUACCGGGAAUACAACCCAGGGCCUUGUGUAUGCUAAGCACAUACUUUACCAUUUGGCCACUAUUUUAUCCUUAAUUUUUUUCUUUAUCUUGUUUAGAAAAUCAAGUCCUUUAAGAUAAUGUUUAGGAUAUGUUGUUAAGCUUUUUGUUUUGUUUUUAAUUAAAGAAUAAUGAACUUGUUAUGGGGAGUCCACUAGAGAAGACCACUCAGACACAGUCUAUAACCAACUGAAAAUCUUUAAUCCAACUGGCAAAGACUCUACUCAGGUAUUUGGAACCCAAAUGUAGUGCUGAGCAUUUAGAGUCAGGGGGGUUUUAAAAGCAAAAAUCAUGUUCUGGUAUAUCACUUAGCAGUUGCAGGGUGGCAGGGGGUUAGGGUUAGGAAAGUUUGCACAAGCAAGCAGUUUGACAGAAGCUAAGAUAAGCAGUUAGCUGGAAGGGGAAGUUUACACAAGCAGACCAUUUAACAGAAACUGAGAUAAGUUAGCUAGGGCAUUGACCUCUGGCUUCUAGAAUAAAGUUGUAUAAUUUUCUAUGAGGCUUCUCAUCAAGGAGAUCAAAUCCGAAUUAAACCUAAAAUGGCCUCAGCAAGAAUACAAGAUAGAAGACCCUCUGCAUUAUACUAUCUUGCCCUGUUACAAAUUAACAUUUUCUCAGGUCACAUAUGGCAGAGGACCAGGAAAAGCGUGUACAAGAUGCAGAGACAAUUAAGAUAAAGUUAUUGGAUUUUAACCUAGAAAUGAACCUCAGUGGUAGGGUGCUUGCCUAGGAGAGUGAAAGACUCUGAGUUCAGGAGAUGUGAGGGAAGGUAGAUUGAGUCACUGAAUUAAGUGAGCAGCUGAAUUUUCGUUGGGUGACUUUAAAGCCAUAUAACUUCUCUCUGUGCUUUGUUUUCCUCUUCAAGGAAAGACAAAUUUCAAUCUAGCUAAGCUUUAUUAUAUUUGUAUAUCAGGCAUAGGCUAUAUGCCUUGAUUUGCUGAAGAAUGAUACGCUGGACUCAAAUAGUAUAUAAAUGCAAAGAAUGUUUCAUUCUGUAGUAGUCCAGCAUGCCAGGGUCUCCCAUUAUCAAGAUAGAGAGAUCAUGAAAUGAGCUUGGAGGCCUGAUUAUAGCACAUUAAGGGGGAUUCCAGGGUAGGUGGGCUUUGUCUUACUCUAUCUCUAGUUAAUCCAGAACCAUUACCGGGGCAUGGUGGCUAGAAACUGUUGCUGAGGAAACCUGGGCUAGGUGGGCUUUGUUUUACUCUACUCUGUCUCUAAGGACAUUCCAUUACCCAGAACAGGCAUGAGGGCUGCCUGGAGACUGCUGACCCAUUGUCCUUGCUUCAGACCAGGUGGUAAGGCACUUUCUGAUUAACUGCCUGAAGCCUGGGUUUUUAGGCCUAAUCUCUUGAACUGCCAUUUGAAGCCUGUCAUUGGAAUCAGCCUAGCCUUCUCAAGGUGUAACAAAGACAUGAGUAGAGUUCUAAUUCUGCCCCCAAAGAAGUUUAAAAAGGGGGGGGGGGGAUUGGGGAUUUAGCUCAGUGGUAGAGUGCUUGCCUAGUAAGCACAAGGCCCUGGGUUCAGUCCCCAGCUCCAAAAAAAAAGAAGAAAGAGGAGGAAGAGGAGGAGGAGGAAGAAGAGGAAGAGGAGGAGGAGAGGAAGGAAGGAGAAGAAGAAGAGGAGGAAGAAGAGGAAGAGGAGGAGGAGGAGGAGGCAGCAGCAACAGCAGAAGCAGAAGAAGAAGCAGAAGCAGCAGCAGCAGCAGCAGCAGCAUUGCCAGAGCCAGUGUAGAUGCAGAACAGGGCUGGGAAGGAAUGGAACAAAUUUUCUAAAAUCCUGAUGUCCCAGUUCUGUUGACCUGAGACAUUAGCAAGAGGAAGGUGAGAAACAGUCUUUCAGUGAAGAAAGAUGAGACAGGAGCUUUGAGAUGAGGGUCUGUAUACGUGUAGUUGAGGUCUUGGGGAAGGAGACAGAGCCAGGUAAUAAUAUAAGCUUUAUUUCUGCUUUGUCUUCAUUUCAGUGGGUGAGCCAUUGGAUGACUUACGCAAGAUAAUGACACCAGGUUGCUUAGAAAGAGAUGAUUUGUCAUUGAAUCUGUUGGAUUUAGCCAAAGGAACAAGUCUGGAGGUAGAAUACAUUUGUGAAGCUAUGGCAACAGAUGAUGAAGGUUGGACCAUGGCAGGAGUUCAGUGGGAGUGACACGGGCAAAUCUAAGAGCUUGUUGGGAUUAAAUUAAGCAGCAGAUGAUAUGAUGACAAGAAGUCACAAGACACAGUGGGGAUUUUUAGCUCUGGUGAUUGGUUAAGUAAGCUCUCAGCUACUGCUCCAGUGCCAUGUCUGUGAUAGAUUUCUGAGGCAGCAUAGAGAAAGGAGGUUAAAAAAGACAGGAGCUUGUUCUUUGACAGUCAGGACUAUACUACGUUUAUUAGUGUACACAAUGAGGGGCUGACUCUCUAGCCGGAAGUUGAAGAGAAAAAAUGACUGUGACUCUUUACAGGGCAGGGUAAGGGCUGGAAAGGGUUACAGCAAGUAGCCCAUGUUUCCCUCCUUCCUGAGGUUGUUUGUGAAGAUGAGACAGGCUGAUUGAGGUCAGGCAUGAUUAUCAGUAAUCUUGUAGGAAUUCCAUUUAAUAGAUGAGGCACUCUGUCAGCUUGCCAGCCUGCUGUCCUGCUCCCUGCCAUGGUGAUAAUGGACUCAUUCUCAGAACUGUAAGCUCCAAAUUAAACGCGUUCUUUUAUAAGUUGCCUUGGUCACAGUCUUUUCACAACAAUAGGAAAGUAACACAGAUGCUUAUAUAAAAGCAUUUGGCAGAGUUAUUUGAGUGUGAAAUUCAAUAUGGUCUAAUUAGUAUUAUUAAUGUGAAAGUAGUUUGUUUUUGUUUUGUUUUGAGACAGGCUUUCUCUAUUAUGUAGCUCCAGGUGUCCUGUAAUUUGCUGUGUAGACCAGGCUGGCCUCUAAACUCGAAGAGAUCUGCCUUCCUCUGCCUCCUGAGUGCUGGAGUUAAAGGUGUUCACCACUAGGACCUGCUCUGUGUGGAAGUACUUAAUCCACAGGAAUAAUUUUGAACUCAUCAGAGAGAAUGUGCCUGAAGAGAGGGGCAGGGACGCAAGGCUAGGAUCCAGGCAGUAGCCACAUGUAAAGGCAGGCGAGGAAGAGGAGGUACAAAAUGAUGGUCUAGACACUAAGAGAUUGGGGCUUCUUGGGAAGCCUCAUUUAAAAAUGUCAAACAAGGCAGGCAGAGUGCUCCACACCUUUAGUACAAACAUUUGGGAGGCAGAAGCAGGAUCUCUGUAGAGUUUUAAGGCCAGGCCAGUUUGCUAUACAUACUGAGUUCCAAGCCAACCAGAGCUACAUAGUGAGAGCCUGUCUCAAAGUUAAAUGUACUUGGGCAUGGUGGUGUACACCUGCUGUGGUAGUAGAUGGGAGACUGGAAGAUCCCAAGUUUGAGACCAGCUUGGGUUACAUAGCAAUAACCUGUAUCAACACAUAUUUAAAAAGAAAAAGAAAUGAGGGGAGAGACAGGGGAAGGACAGAGAAAGAAGAAAGAGAGUGAGAAGGUGGGCCAGAGAGACUGACUGGCUCAGAGAAAGUCAAAGGUAAGACAAAGACCAAACACCAUGUUGAAUGUAGUAGCCUUCUUAAUUGCUUUUGUUUUUAUUUUUUGAGACAACGUCACAAUGUAGUGCAGACUGUGGGCCACUUGCUUCAUUUUCCCCAGUCCUAGGAUUAUAAGAAUAUGCUAACAUGCCUAGAAAGAUUUGGCUUUUAAGGUAAGACCGUGUCCUUAAUGAGAAAUGUUUCUAGAUUUUAGUGAGCCUGUUCUUAGAAAAAAUUGUAUAAAGAUUAGAGAGGGUCAUGGCAAUGACUAAAGAGUGAUUCCAAUAAAUUCAUUUUAAGGAAGGAGAGAGUGAAGCCUAUUUACAAAAUUCCUGAUGGGCAAAUUAUUCCGAAAAGAAGAGUAGCCGACUGGUUCUGAGUAGAUACUCAAUUGGCCUCAAUCAGGUUAGCAGGUGAGAUUGGCAUAUUGACAGGGUAGAGGUAAAGGAAGACCAUUGAAAAACUCUUCCAGAAGAUUGCUUAAAUAAAUAAAUAGAUAUAUCAAUAAAUAAACAAAAAACAAGCAGACAAAUAAAUAAAAUAAGCGGGCGAAUGAAUGAAUGGCUGAGGAGAUGGCUUGAUGGUUUAGAGCACGUCUUGUUCUUGCAUAGGACCUGGGUUUGAUUCCUAGCAUCUAUGUGGUGACUUACAACCAUCUGUAACUCCAGUCCUAGAGACUUCAAUGUCUUCUUCUGACCUCUGCAGACCCCUUUGUACCUCUGUUUGCACAUGGCACACAUACAAUGCAGGCAAAACACUCAAGCACAUAAAUUUAAGAGAGAUGGAGACAGAGAGAGAGAGAGAGAGAGAGAGAGAGAGAGAGAGAGAGAGAGAGAGAGAGAGAGAGACACCAAAUAAGAAGUUGACAUCAUGAAAAACAUUACACUGACAAUGAGAAGACCCUUGAGAAUGGUGAAGUGGUUCAGAUUGGGAUAUGUACUUCGCUUCCAGAUGAAGACUGACAGGACCUGCUCAAAAGCAGAGAUGAAAACAAUGCCAGUCUUUUCAGCGUGCGUAUGUUGUGGAGCACAGCACAGCUGUAGGAAUCAGCUGCUUAGAAGUAGACUCCAGCCUAAAUGAUGAGCAGAAUGGGAAGGAGGCCUGAAGGAAGUAAGGGCUUCUCACUGUAAGAGCCAGUAGUAGAAAUAAGACAAGAAAGGGCAGAAACUUUACAGCUGGGUUGCUGGUUGAUAGGAAGCUCUCUAUCAACUGGGUGUUCAACCUCCAAGGAUUAUAAUGAGGAAGGAGAAGCUAAUGACACCUGUGAUUACAUAUGUAGAGGCCAAGGAGUUCUCUUCAUGGCACACAACUGUCUCUGAUGGAAACUAGGGUGAUGGUUGCAGCAGCAGGGUAUGGGGUGGGUGGGGUGAGAGUGGGGAAGCUGUGCUUUUUACUUCUCACUUCUGCCUUCUGUAGUCUGCUGUUAUAAUUGGGUUUUACACCAUGAAAAUGAAACCUGUUCAUGUGUCUCCUCAAGAAUACUGACAGAGCCCAGAGUUCUGUAACUUACUCUGCCUAAGCUUGUGUGACAUGAGUUCUAUCUUUCUGAGCACUGAGCCCUUCCCUGUAAGAGGGACUGCCCAUGACAUAUCUUUCAGUUCUGCUCUUUUGCUUCCUACCAGCUCUAACGACUGCCAGCUCCCAGUGUCUGUUGAGGAAAAAAAAGCAAUGAAUUGCUUUCCUCUUUUGCGAUUAACCCCAGGCCUUAGAACUUAGAAGCACCAUCCUAAAAACAACUUCUUUAUAAUAAAGGCCAAAAAAUUCCUUGUUGUAUUCCCAGUAUGUCAAGAUAUUAAUGCAAGAGGAAGGCAGGCUACAUUUCUCCUGUUUUUCCUCAGCCUCAACAAAAGAUCCCCUAUUCUUCAGUGGAAACUUAGCAUCAAGACGUCUCGGGAGGUGACUCAGCCAGGCUUGUGAGUCCCGAGCACUGUAGCCUGCUCCUCUUCUGUGCUGUUUGUCUAGGAUAUCUGCAGUAGAAAAAACAGUCUCUAUUGUUGAGCUAGCUUGUGCCCAGCACCUCAGUCUCUAAGCUGCAGGUGGAGCUCAUAGAGUCGUCAUGAACAUCCAACUCCUUCUGUGCUGACUAAAAUACUUGCCUUCAUAUUACAAGUGGGUAAACGUUAACUUCUUAAGAAUAUAAGAUAGCUCAGCAGGAUAUGAGUUAUGACAUUUAGGGUGUUGUCUUAUUGCUUCAGAACUGUGGAGUUUUUGAGUAAUAGGCCAUGUUACAUGGUUUGACUGAGAAAAAAAAAAAGCCUCAACUUGGUUUCAUUGGCUUAAAUAUAGUUCAAAGCCGUAGACACCGAGGUCAGACGAGGAAGUGCUGUACAAGCAAGGAAGUAAGAGCCUUUAAAGAUAAUCUGCUUUCUUGGACAUGAGUGUCCAAGUUCUGAUAACUAACUUGAAAUAGGAAUAGAAGUACUGGAGUAGGGAUCCUUCAUUCUAAAUUGGGAGAGAGGAGUUUGGAGACGCUGACGUUGUAGAGGUGGGCCGAUAUGGGGAAAGUGACUAGGAUGGAGGAGCAGAAAAGGACCUGACACCACGAGCUAGCACCGCACGGGCAACAUGGCCAAUGCUUUGGCCAGUGCCACGUGUGAACGCUGCAAGGGGGGCUUUGACCCUGCUGAGAAGAUCGUGAACAGUAAUGGUGAGCUGUACCAUGAACAGUGUUUCGUGUGUGCUCAGUGCUUCCAGCAGUUCCCAGAAGGACUCUUUUAUGAGUUUGAAGGAAGAAAGUACUGUGAGCAUGAUUUCCAGAUGCUCUUUGCUCCCUGCUGCCACCAGUGUGGUGAAUUCAUCAUUGGCAGGGUUAUCAAAGCCAUGAACAACAGCUGGCAUCCUGAGUGCUUCAGAUGUGACCUCUGCCAGGAAGUGCUGGCAGACAUAGGGUUUGUCAAGAAUGCUGGCAGACACCUGUGUCGCCCAUGUCAUAAUCGUGAAAAGGCCAGAGGCCUUGGAAAAUACAUCUGCCAGAAAUGCCAUGCCAUCAUUGAUGAACAGCCUUUGAUUUUCAAGAACGACCCUUACCACCCAGACCACUUCAACUGUGCCAACUGCGGGAAGGAGCUAACUGCUGAUGCUCGGGAGCUGAAAGGGGAGCUAUACUGUCUGCCAUGUCAUGAUAAGAUGGGGGUCCCUAUCUGUGGCGCCUGCCGGAGGCCCAUUGAAGGGCGAGUAGUGAAUGCCAUGGGCAAGCAAUGGCAUGUGGAGCAUUUUGUUUGUGCCAAAUGUGAAAAACCAUUUCUUGGACAUCGCCAUUAUGAGAGGAAGGGCUUGGCCUAUUGUGAGACUCACUAUAAUCAGCUAUUUGGUGAUGUUUGUUUCCAUUGCAACCGUGUCAUAGAAGGUGACGUGGUCUCUGCCCUCAACAAGGCCUGGUGUGUGAGCUGCUUUGCCUGUUCCACUUGCAAUACCAAACUAACACUCAAGGAUAAGUUUGUUGCAAUUGAUCUAAAGCCAGUCUGCAAAUACUGUUAUGAGAAAAUGCCAGAAGAGCUUAAGAGGCGACUUGCCAGACGGGAGAGAGAAGCAAGGGAUAAAGAGAAGCAGAGAAAGAGAAAGCCAGUGUGUCUGUAACCGUUCUAUCCCUUCCACACCAUUCUCACUGCUUCUCUGUGGAAUAAAUUUGUGGAGUUUGACAUGAAACCAGUCUGUAAGAAGUGCUACGAGAAAUUUCCUUUGGAGCUGAAGAAAAGACUUAAGAAACUAUCUGAGACCUUAGGAAGGAAAUAACUUUUGGUGUCUUUUUUCUCUUUCUUUUAACCAAUAUUACUUAACCUGAUCCACCCUCAUCUACUUUUGCUUAAAACUGUAUCAAAGCA